AUCCAACGCUGGUAACAGGAUCAUGAAUCGCAUCACCACGAACGUGGACCAAAAACUAUUGCGUACCACAAAAUUUCCGCCCGAGUUCAAUCAGAAAGUCGACACAACGAAGAUUAAUAUCCCAGUCAUCAAGAACUGGGCUGCUGGCGAGCUGUCAAGAAUCUUGGGCUAUGAAGAUGAUGUUCCCGACGUCAAAUCACUACAAAUUCAACUCACUGGCUUCCUUGAGAAAGAUGCGGCUCCCUUCUGUCAGGAACUCUGGAAUCUUUGUUUGAGCGCACAGAAGAGCGAUACGGGAAUCCCGCAGCAGCUUGUGGAGGCAAAGAAGUUGGAGCUCAUCCAAGAAAAAGUCGAGCAGGAAAGAGCCAUUGAAGCAGCUCGACAACGCAGGGAAGAUGAGAGAACCCGCGAGAGAGAGCUAGAGAGCAUUCGCAACCGAGACCGCGAUCGCAGAGAUCGAGGCGGGAGAGGAGGACGAGGUCGUGGUGGAGGCCGCGAUUUCGACAGUCGAACUCCCAGGGGCUAUUCUAGGUCGCAGUCGCCACCAGUCAGAUCGUCCUACGGCUCGAGUGAUCUCCAUCGCAACAGGCCCUUGCCUAGGGAAAAGACUCUUACGUGCCCAACGGGGAGAGCAGUGGGCGAAGGGUCGGCAGACGCCAACGCUCACCCUCUGUCACGUACGAUAGCCCUGGCUCGGCAUCGCCUCGUCGUACAUCUCCAUCUCGACCACGAAGAACUAUACGGCGCAACACCUCGAGUGAGCGCAGCCGCAGUCGUUCUGCAGAGCAUCGGUAUCCAAAACGACCCGCAGAUCCCCCACGAGGAGAGCGCCGGCACCGUGAAUCAUCGCCCUAUUCACGAAGACCGUAGAAGAGAUUCGAGCUCAUCUCCCAAAGCAAGACGCUAUCGCUCACGUACACCUUCUAGAACUCGAUUGAGCCGCAAUGACCGAGAUGGCAAAACCAGCGUAUCUCCACCACGCCGCAGACGGUCCCCUUCAUUCUCCGAGGAUAGGCAAACAAAGCGGGCUAAUGCUCUCAAGGAUCGCCAAUCCACCAAUACACGUGGAUCACGUCGUAGCCGCAGUAGACAACGUUCUGCAAGCCGCUCGCGAGAUGCUCGAAGGCGUUCAACUUCUCCAAGCGAAGCACAUGAGAGCAAACGAUACACAUCUCGAAACCAUGACAAACUGGGAGAGAGCAGCGCUGGUGCAGCAGAGGAGGUGGGUAUCGAUUUU